GCAAGGCCAGAGAUCGAACCUGCAACCUUAUGGUUCCUAGUCGGAUUCAUUAACCACUGAGCCACAACGGGAACUCCCCAGAUAUCUCUUUUGUGAUCCACUCCCACAAGGCCUAGGUCUAGCUGUCACAAUGUCACUUGUGGCAGAUACCGUUAGUUACCUAUCUAUUCUACUUCCUUUUCUUUUCCAACAGAGCCCUGAUUUUGUGCAGGUAAAUAGUCAGGAGAGUGGGUCCCCUGGAGGGAAACCAUGAUGGGCCCAAACCAAUUACAGUAGGUAGUGUUUUUUCCUCUUGAUAAUGAUUGCUCUAGGAUUGGUACAUGACACAAUGCUUGUCUGCAUGUAUUAUGGGGAUUCCACUGCCGCCUUCCCCAACAUGCUAAGGACGGCAGGGGAGAAAUACGGGAGUAUUGGGACCAUGAUGGUGACCAAAUCAUUGAAUUAACCAACCUGUAACUGCCCUACCUUUGAACAUUUUGUUGGGUUUUCUGUUACUUGCAGCUGAAACUAUCCAAUCUGAUAUUCCACCAAAUCCCACUACUUAUUUUGUCACCUCUGAGGAUACUGUUUCAAUAACCAUUCAACCAUUCCUGGAGUAACCUUUUAAGUACAGGAACAUGCCUGGCACUAGAAUAAGAAAUAUACUGAGACUUAUUCAGAAUUUUCUAUUAAAGUAACUAUCGUUUUUGUUUUUUUCAAACAAACACCUCUGUAAACUGACAACUUCAUUAAAAGUACCCUCUGAAAAGAGGCAUUCUGAGCUCUUUGCACCUGAGGAAAGCAAAGCUGUGUACUGGCCAUUGACAGCAGGGCUGGGGAAGAAGCUCACUUUUCUAAUUCCAAAUCCCUACACCAGGGCGGCCAGUGCAAUGAAGCUGAAAAUAUUUGGUAACGGUGCAGGUCGAAUGUGAGUUCAUUAGGAGACACACACAACGUCCUGAGCUGCACUCCAAUGGCUGUAGUACCGCUUGAGGUCCGCUGUGGCUCUGAGCCUCACCUGGCUCCGUUAGGCUUCAGUCGCCUGGCACAAAGCAGCCAAAAUACACUGGGUCGGAGACUAACAAAGCGGCCUACGCCGACCUGAACUAUUCCCAAGCAGAAGACACCCUUUUACAUUCCACGGUCCCACAGUCCGCCCAACACACAGCCGACCGCUCCAGCCAAGACUAGGUCCCGCGCCCCGGCCGGACCUAAGAUUUGGACCGGCCGGACCCACAUUUCAGUACCCAUGUUCGUUCGGGUUCCAGAUUCUCCCCGUCCACUUUCUCUCCUUCUUUCCUGAAACUUUACGUCCCUCCGGCGUCACCCUAACGCCGCACCUGGUCUGGUCAGCCAACACUGAGCUCACUGGGGAGACCCAGGCAGCGGAACCGGAAAUACUUACUUGGAAAAGGUGAGGGAAUACUACACCUCCCAGCUAGCUCAGUGAGCCGUGGGCCUUCCAUUAAGGCGCUCGAUUGGCCAACGAACGAGAAGGCCUGCCCCCUCCGAGGUCACGCUGGCCAACCACAGGGCAAGGCUUCGUAAAAGGCUUUGGGGCGGGUGGCAUCCGGCGGCUUUUCCGGCCGGUCUAUCGUAGGGGAGCAUGGGAGCGUGGGAGCCUAGCUGGGGUGAAGCUCACCGUCUCCAGUCUCGGCGGGGCAUAGUUUUCUGUUGCUUCUGCCUGGGUACCGGGACACUUUCUGAGAUCGUUAGUCUAGUGGGGCCCGGCCGGCCGGGAAGUCAGCCUGUCCGAGUCUCGGCGCAGGAGAGAGAAGCCACCGGCUCAGGCUUUAAAGGGAGUGGAGAAGAGAAGGGGUGCAUUGAGGAGCUUUGCAGCCGAUUUGGCCCCUCCAGGGUCUCUUCUCUCCCCUCCCAGGUCUGUCCCGAAGUCCCUGUGGCGACUUGAAGAAGGCAUUACUACCCCGCGAGAUGGGAGACAUCCUUACAUCCGGGGCCCAGGGACCAGCGCUGUUUGAGGACCUGGCUGUGUAUUUUUCACAGGAGGAGUGUGUGAGUCUCCACCCUGCCCGGAGGUCCCUCAGCAGAGACAUGACACAGGAUUGUUUCCAGGAUAUGGUAUUGAUGGGAGGAGAAGGCAAGAUUGAGAUUAAUCAGCAGCUAAGCCUAGAAUCUGUGGAACUUGAAGAGCUUGCCCUAGAAAAAUACUCCAUUGCUGUGCCCCUCGUCUGUUACCCAGAAAAAUCCUCAGAGCACGGAGUUGGAAGCCUUGAAGGGAAAAUAGGAGGCGGAACUUCUGCUUGCAAGAAAAGGUUCAUAAGCCUUUUAGUUACCAUUGAAAAUCAUACCCCAUUGAUAGAACUCUCUCAAUUUUUAGGAACCAGAGCACUUUCUGAAAUUCUUGAAUUUCCCAGGGAAGAAGCCAAAAAUGCAUACGAGUGUCCUCAAUGUGACCAAAGUUUCAGUGACAGUUCCUAUCUUGUUUCCCAUCAGAAAGCACAUUCAGGGGAGGGAAAGUAUACAUGUGGUGACUGUGGGAAGACUUUCCAUCACAGAGCCAACCUGAGAACGCACCGGAGAACCCACACGGGCGAGAAGCCUUAUAAGUGUGCCAAGUGCGGCAGCAGCUUCCGCCAGCACUCCCACCUGUUUCGGCACAUGAACGUCCACGCAAAGAAGCAGCCCUACACCCGCAGCACGCGUGGAAGAGGCUUUCUGUGGCUCCGAGGAUUGGCACAGCAUCGGAAAACCCACGCCGCCCCAAAAAGCUGUGGUAAAUAUUUUGGUCAGAAAACAAAUCCUGUUUUGCCUGAGAAAAGGCAGGCAUUGGCCGCCCAGCACCCAUGCACGCAGUGCAGGAAAUGCUCUGGGCAGCAGCCCUCACCCUCGGCCGCCAAGAAGGGCCUCAGGGACCACUCUGAAGACUGCAGCCACGGUGAGGACAAUUUGCUUUUGUUCUCAAAAUUCACACCCUUAAAGUGUCCUGCGUGUUCAAUGACCUUUCUUCGUAUUUCCCAUCAGAGCAUUCACAGAGGGGAAAAGCCCCACAAAUGCAAGACAUGUGCGGAAAGUUUUAUUUGCACCUCAGAGCCUGCAUGCCACCAGAAGAGCCACACAAGGCAGGAACCUUUUCAGUGCACCACUGGGAAAAGUUUCAGGUUGAAAAUACAUCUCAGUGUUCAUCAGCGAAGCCAUUCAGAAAAUGCCACGUAAAUAUGGCAAGUUUUCAUGAAUGCUUGUGCUUUUCAAUAUCUGUACUGCAAACAGGCACAGUGAUCCUUGAUGUACCUGCGAGGCACUGAGCUAAGCACUUUACACACAUUUCACGUAAUACACUAUUUCAUUUUCACCACAACCUUGAUUUAGGCAUCACGACUUCUGUCUUAUAAUUGAGGAAGCAUAGUCAACAUCACAGCUAGUGAAUGAAGCCAGAACUCUAACUCAGUAACUCUUGCUAUUCACAUUCCAUUUGUAUGAGCCGGGGAGCUGGAGAAUGAUACAGAACUUUUAAAAAGUUAAAAUGAAGGUUAUUACUAGAGUUAUUUUAAUUUUGUUUACAUGGUUUCUAAGUAAGUUUUGGAAGGAAAUUUUAUUUAUUUGCUAGUUCUGCAGAUCUGGGAUCUACGAAAGUAAAUACUUUUAUAUCUAUUUUAUACUUUUGUUUUGCUGUAACAGCCUGAAUGUAAUGUUUGUAUGAGCUUAUUGUUAUUUUACACGUGAAUUUCUAGAGGGGUCUGGAAGCUUUUAUCCCACCCCUCCCCCAUGUGAAGCGUUCAUUCCCCGAUGGUUUGGACUAGUUAGUGUCGAGGUGGCUAUUUGUAUUUGAGGAGCUCCUGUUCUCAGAUCUGAUGCCACCGACCUUGGUGAUUUCAAGUGUUUGGCAGGAAUUCUGGCAGUCCGGCUGUAGCCCUUUCUGGUGCUUGGAUGUGAGCAAGGGAAAGGUACUUGCUUCUAAGAGGAUUUACCUCCAAGUCUCUACCAAAGCACAUUGUUUCUGAAUUACAGGAACUCCUGUUUAGUGAGCGCGCAGGAUACUUUAUAUCAUUUAAUCUUUGGAAUAACUCUGACCUAUCCUCGUCUCAUAAAUAAGGAAAGUGAAGCCCACUGAGGGCAGAGUGAGUACCUUGCCCAGAACACAAAAGUAGCAGUGUGCUCAGGCUGGCAUCUAACCUCAGCCCAGGGGGUGAGGAGGGUCAUCACGGAGGCCCCCCUGAGUGCGCACCCUGGAGCCCUUCGCCCCCGGUACUUUAUCCCAAGCCUGACUUUCGUGUGUGGGUAUAAAGCAACAGAAAGACUCUCCAGGACCACUGGUUCGUACUCUAUCCCAAUAGUCAGACAUUGCAAACUCUACAGAGUAUUGUCUUGAGGGUUAUAGGUGAAUUUGGGUUUAAAUUUUUUUUUUCUUCCUCAUUCCCAAAGAAAGACACAUAGAGAAAACUGUUAGAGUUUAAAAGUUUUAAAAUAGUUGAAAAUACAGACAUCUUUAGGUACUGCUGUUACAUAUAACUGUGGAAGCAAAGUCUUGCUAAAUGGAACGGUUACUGAUGUUAAAGAACCAGGGGGUCUUACAGAUAGACUUUCAUAGGAAUUGCUCUUUAAAGCAAAAGUGACUGAGGCCCUCAGCAGACCAGCAUUUAAAGGGGUGUCAGGUGAGGAUGGUCUUAUUUAAAUAGUAGGAAAGUGCAGCAUUUACUAAAAUGGGAUUAUCGCUGGGAAACCUCAUCGUCACUGACAGGCCUCUUCAGGACCAGCUGGAUGGGAAGUAGUGGUCUUUCUACGGAAGAGCAGAUUGAGAACUGAAUGUACAGGAAGAUGCUGCUAUUGCAGUGAGUUCCUAACACCAAUUAGAGGCCAGCAGAUACUGUUGGUGAGGAAAAGGCCCCAACCCAGCUCACGCACUCCUUUCCCCCUUUUCCUUGUUCUUGUUUGCGGAGCCACAGUUGAGGCCCAGUGUUGUAAAUGUCAGGGUCACGCUUAGGAUACAGGGCGCCAGUCUGCUGGGGCCUAGGAGUCUUUGGCUUUUGUUUUUGUUUGUUUGUUUAUCUGUUUUAGCAUGUGGAAGUUCCCAGGCACCACAGCAGCGAUCUGAGCUGCUGCGCUGACAAUGCUGGCCCCUCAACCCACCUUGCUACAAGAGAACUCAGGGGCCUUAAAUCAAAAAGGUAUUCUGUAGGUUUUUCUUCAGCAAGUCUCUCUGAGGUGCUUGGAAUUGUGUAGAAAGAUGGUCUCCAGUUAGGUUUCGUUCUGGCCAGCUCUGGGAUGUGAUGAUCUUUGCUGAAUAUGAGAAAGUCCAGUCUCCCUGCUCUCCUGCUUCUGCCUUCAGUGGGAGCAGCUGGCACGGUGUCCCACUGGCACAUAUUAGGGGCUGUUUUAUUUCCACUGACUGGAGUGUAGGGUGGGGAAUGAAAUUGAAAAGAGGCCCCUAGGGGCAGAGCUGCUGCAAAAAGAAGUAGGGAAGAGUGUUUUAGAGGGCCCUUGGACAGAAUGGUGCUGACCUGAAAAAAUGGACGCUUUCUUUGCUUAGCUCCUAAGAAAUUACAGGGAAGGUGAAAAUUUAUACCGUAACUGCCAUUCUGCACUCAGUAUGGAGUCACCUUUCCAGAUGAAGCUUCCUUCACAAUUAAUGUUGGUAUUUCCAUUUUUCUUAUUUUCUAGAUUUUGGAAGAUUAUGCCAAACUUCCAUAAGAGAUGAGAAAAAUAUCUCUGAUGAAAACAAUAUACAGAUGAGUGUAAUUAAAAUGCCUUUUUUGGUGUAAGAUUGUUAAUGAUUGCUAUGCAGGAAAAAAAAAAAAAAACCCUGUUAUUUUUUUGUGAAAGAGGCUUAUUUUCAGUUGUGGCUUAUUGUGCACUUGCACCUAAAUGCACUUGCUGGAUGUAAUUCAGGCUGCUCUGAGCCAAGGACUUGGAGGAAGAGGUCCGUGUCUAUCAGCAAGACCCAUGCUGUGUAUAUGAUAUAGUGGCUUUUUCACCCUUUUGUUUACAGUGUUAUCUGAGAGACAUAGAUUCCACAGAUGGUCUUUAACUUGAGAUAUCAUGAGCUUACCAGGGUAGUUUUCAUAAAUAUUUGGAUGAAAGUUAAUAGAGGGAUGAAAACCUAAUGCAGGACUUUGUUGCUGUGAACGGUUGGUUCAUCACAUUUUGCAGCACGAAUGUUAACAUGUUAUGCAGAGUGAAAGGUCUGUACUGAAGAAAUCAACUCUUAAAGGAAUUUCUUGGUUUUUGUUGUUAACGCGGUGAUGAAGAUGUGUAUCACCAAGUCCUUAACGUGACUGCUGGUUCUGUAACCACCAUCAUCCAUGAAAACAGCAUUAUUCCAAUAGCGUUCAGAUGUUGACAAUUUACAUUUUGUGCUUUAAGAAACUGUGGAAUUUAAGUGUUAUUCUUGAAGGAUUUGGACUCCAAGUACUUUGUUUACAGCUUUGUUGCAAGAGGUAGGUAGGAGUCUGUUCACAUCUCCCCAUUUAACAUAGAAAAUGACUAACGCAAGUAAUUCAGGAAGUUUAGUCUAACACAAGUGAUAUUUCAUAGCAAAUGCUAUGAGAUUCCAUAUAAGUAAGUAGUGUUGUUCUGAUGACUGCAGCAUGUCAUACAAUCUGAUACUGCAGAUUUUGCCAAAAGUAAUCUGCUCAUUUACUGCAUAGGUAUACAAAGCCGGUUAUAGUUCAUCGGAAUAGUCUAUUUGAAACUGUUCUUUAAAUUUGUCAUCUCUAUAGGAUUUCAGUUGGAAAGUGCUUCUGUUAAAGUAACUAAUGAUCUUCAUUAGAAGUGUGUAUAUUCAUCUGUUUUAGUUUUGUGGAUUGAGCUAUGGAUCUGACACCGAGAUCAUUACCCAUCUUUUCACGGCACAUCUGCCUAGAGGUGUUUUGUUUUCUGACACCCUUUGGUGUAUUAACAAUCUGGGGAGAAUGGGGAUACGAUAUAAAUAUGUUUAAAUAAACCUAAGAAUAUGCUGCAAUCUCUAGUUCCUUUGGAUACCUUACAAGUAUGUUUGUUGUAGGAACCUCCGCUGUUUAAUGUUUUUAUUUUACAGUUUUCGGUGGUAAAGAGCAUCUUAUCUCGAGUGCAAACUCUCACUAGACAGUGAUUAUGUCUAUCUGAUGUGCAAUUUAGCAUCUAAUAAAUGUGUUUUUAUAAUGAUAAUGAAGUGAAUUUCUAAUUUUUUUAAAAUACUUAAGUAGUUGUAGAUGACAGAUGACUUUUGAAGACUGGCGGGAUUGUGAUUUGGAGAGGGUUAAUGAGUGACUUCCGGCCAGUUAAGGUAGGUAAAAUCAUUUGCUCCCGGAAUCAGAAGAAAACUGCAGCACUACUCCGGGAGACGGCUUAGAGAUCAACUUCCUUUCCAGUCUUUGGACCACGGCGAUACAGGUCCAAGUCCCUCUGGCCGCGCGGCCCAACGACAGCCUGCGUGGCCCGCGGUUUAGAGGGGAUUGAAAAGCCAGGGUGCCGGGAUUGGGCUCUACGCAUUGAGCGGCUUCGAGUUCCGUGUUCAGCUGCGCAAGACGGCGGAAAUACCAAUGAGAUACCAAUGAGACGAGACGCGCUAGAGCGGCCCAUAAGGCUGAGAACCGGAAGUCGUGCGCUCACUUCCGGCGCCUUGUCCGGGCGGUGCAGAUGCGCAUUCCUGGGGCGUCAGGGGUGUGGCGGGCGCCCCGCUGCUGUGGGGACCCGGCUCCUUGCCCUUACCAACCAUCUACCUAGAGGCGGCCUCUGCCAGAGUCCAGCGGGGAAGUGAGUGUCUGUGUAGGUGCUCCUCUCGUCUCUCCCUCCGCAUCAGCGGGAGGAUUAGUAGGAUGUGACUGUCACUGUCUAGGCCGAAGGACUACGCAUUGACCCCACUGGGGACGGGAAAAGGUGCCUCGUGGUACCUCGCCGGCCCAACCCCACUUUGGCAAUGCGCAGCUACGGGCUCGCCCCGCCUGUAUGUAUCCGACUUAUCAAAAGAGAUGAUACGCCUAUCACUUGCCCAGGGUAGGGUAUCUUCUGCAAACUAAAGAAUAUUGCUGGCCAUCCAUUUCUACAGGGCUUGAGUCUUAGCCACUGCAGUUGCUGACCUUCAGCAUGCCCUGAAAAGAACUCAGGGCAGAGAUCAGGAAGGGAGCAUUCUGCUCCAGAAAAAUUGGCAGAACAGUCUUCCAGAUACAUAUUUUAAGGAGAAAAUUUUAUGAACCCCAACUUUUGCAUCUUUCCAUACCUGGAAAAGCACCAAAACCAUUAACUAAGGUAUCUGUUGCUCAGAAUAGCAGUAACCUUCUGCAGAGGUGUGCAUGUACCCCUUUGUCAAAAUCACAAAUACACUGACGUCCUCCCUAAUUUCAGAAGUUUCUCAGAGCUGAAGGCUGUCUGCCCAGCUAAGUGUCUCAGUAAGAUACUGAAUAAACUUGACUCACGAUUUCCACCCCCCCCCCACAUCCAGGGCAUGGGGAAGUUCCCCAGGCUAGGGAUCAAACCCAUGCCACAUCUGUAACUAAAGCCACAGUGGUGACAAUGCCAGGUUCUUAACCCAUUGAGCCACCAGGGAACUCCCAACUUCCAACUAAGUUGUGCAUUUUUUUUAAAAAAAGUUGACACUUUUCUCUAGAACCAGUGCCAGUCUCUUCGCUUGAUUUCUAUGCGCUCCAUACCCAAAUUCUAACAUGCUUCUGGUUACUUAGAGUGUAACCAGAUGAGCUCAUUUGAGUACGUGGUCCUUCCCACUAUUGGCAACCCCACAGCCAGCUUAGCCACUGCCAUGAUUACAAAUACCUCACUUUAAGUCUAGCCCCAAUUCUUCCUCUCUCCUGCACUCUAGAUCCCUAUACUCAUGCCAAUGAGAGAUCUUCCUUGCUUCUCUGAGGCAGCAAAACACAUGCCCCAAACAGAGCGCAUGCUUUUAGUCCUCCUGUUUGCCUCCAGCAUGUGGUGCCACAUCCACACAACUGCUCAUGCUACCAACACACACUACUUCCUCUGCUCCUCAAACACCACAGCCACAGUAAUGCAGGAUCCAAGCUGCAACUGCAACCUACACCACAGCUCACGGCAACGCCGGAUCCUUAACCCACUGAGCGAGGCCAGGGAUUGAACCUGCAACCUCACAGUUCCUCGUUGGAUUUGUUUCCAUUCUGCCACGAUGGGAACUCCUGGUAGAGUUCUCCUGUGGCAAAACGACUGCAGGCCAGCUGUGUGGUCAGCUCACUCCUUGUGCAAAAGCAACUUUUGUCUCUCUCAGAAAAAAGUGUCUGGUU